AUAACCAUUGACUUUGACUGCAGCAGUUGCUCCGCCUCUCUGGCUCCUUUCAGGAACGACGCUGUUCAUCUCCAGAAAGAAAACCGACUAUUCGGUCAUAGUUGGGCGUAGCUUCUACUAAACCGGGGGGGAAUAAUUACUCUGCAGCAAGACAGGAGGGCCAGAUUAAGUGCGCAUUAAUUGAACUAUUAUUUAUAAGCGGCGACGUGGAAGUUGUUUCCUAGGCAGGAACAUGGCUGCCCAGUGUGUAACCAAGGUGGAGCUCACCGUGUCCUGUGAGAACCUCAUGGACACAGACUUCGGCUCCAAGUCGGACCCCUUAUGUGUCCUUUUAAUGUGCAACUCUGACUCCAAGUGGUAUGAGAUGGGACGCACAGAAAAAGUUCAAAAUUGUCUCAGUCCGAAGUUUGCCAAGAAGUUUGUUAUCGACUACUACUUCGAAAUGGUCCAGAAGCUGAAGUUUGGGAUUUACGACAUCGAUAACAAGACGGUUGAUUUGAACGACGAUGACUUUCUGGGGGAGCUGGAGUGCACCCUGGGUCAGGUUGUGUCCAGUCGGAAACUGACCCGGCCACUUACGCUGAAGAACCAGAAGCCAGCUGGGAAGGGAACAAUCACUAUCAGCGCGGAGGAAAUAAAAGACAAUCGGGUGGCGCGUUUUGAGGUGGAGGCAAGAAAGUUGGAUAACAAGGAUUUCUUUGGGAAGUCUGAUCCUUAUUUGGAGCUAUACAAGCAGACAGAAACCGGAUGGCAGCUGGCUCACAGGACAGAGGUGGUGAAGAAUAACUUGAACCCGACGUGGAAGCCGUUUCGAGUUCCCCUGCAGUCUCUGUGUGGGGGAGACCUGGAGAAACCAAUUAAAGUGGAGUGCUACGACUACGACGAUGACGGCUCUCAUGAUCUCAUUGGAUCCUUUGAAACCACGAUGAAGCGGCUCCAGGAAGCGUCGCGGACCUCUCCGGCCGAGUUCGAGUGCAUCAACAGCAAAAAGAAGCAGAAGAAGAAAGGCUACAAGAACUCUGGUGUUGUGAGCGUGAAGCAUUGCGAGGUUGUAAAGGAGUAUACGUUCCUGGAUUAUAUAAUGGGAGGCUGUCAAAUCAACUUCACUGUGGCUGUGGACUUCACCGGCUCCAACGGGGAUCCCAAGUCUCCUCAGUCCCUGCAUUACAUCAGUCCUCAGGGCGUUAACGAGUACCUCUCUGCUAUCUGGUCCGUGGGCAACGUCAUUCAGGACUAUGACAGUGAUAAAAUGUUCCCGGCGUUUGGCUUUGGAGCCCAGAUUCCACCCACAUGGCAGGUUUCCCACGAGUUUCCUCUCAACUUCAACCCCUCCAAUCCGUUUUGUGCAGGUGUUGAAGGGGUGGUGCAGGCCUACAGGGCGUGUCUCCCUCAGGUCAAACUCUACGGCCCUACCAACUUCUCCCCCAUCAUCAAUCACGUAGCCUGUUUUGCUAAACAAGCCAUCCAACAGACCACUGCAUCCCAAUACUUCGUCCUGCUGAUCAUCACUGACGGAGUCAUCACCGACAUGGAUCAGACGCGCAACGCCAUCGUCAAUGCCUCACGGCUGCCCAUGUCCAUCAUCAUCGUCGGCGUGGGAGCGGCGGACUUCAGCGCCAUGGAGUUCCUGGACGGAGAUGACGGCCGCCUGCGCUCUCUGUCUGGCGAGGCCGCCAUGCGGGACAUCGUCCAGUUCGUCCCCUUCAGGAAUUUUCAGAACGCUCCUAGUGAGGUGCUGGCGAAGAGCGUGUUGGCCGAAGUGCCGGCUCAGCUGGUGGACUUUUUCUGCACUAUGAAGCUGAACCCACCAAACCAGAGUCCUGCCCCGGCGGAGACGCCCGUGAUGCCAUAAAGAAACCUGACAGAUUCCACUCUUCAUGUCAUGCAGCUCUAUAUAACGGACAGCGCUGUCAUGUUGGUGUGUGCACUAAAGUGUCAAUUGAGCCAGCUGUCGACAACAUCCAGGUUAGUUUGUUAAUUUUAUGUGUACAGAAAAAAGAAUCCUGGUGGAUACAUCUGGACAAGCCGAGAUUUAAAGUUCUAAAUUUGCCCUUAAA